CCACGCUCCAUUCAAACGGCGCAGUGGUCCCUCGUUGCUUCCCGUAGCAAAGAAACCGCGUUCAAUCAACUGUUCUGAAUAUUCAGACUUUAUCAGAAAACAGAAUCAUAUUCUAUUAAGUUUUUAAAACCUAUUUCACUGAAUUAUGGUCGUUUAAAAUCACUGUGGAGAUUGUCCUGAAGCGAAACGCGUUUCGUGUGAUUUGAUGGUUUCGGCUGCCGUAGUAACAACAUGGUGCUGGAGAAGAAAACAUCCGCUCGGGUGGAGGCCGGGCAGCGGAGGGUUCUAGAUGAAGCAACGAGACAGCGGAGGCUGAGCCGGCAGCUCGAGGCUCUGGAGAAAGAUAACUUCCAGGACGACCCGCUGUCCUCGCUGCCCCCCCCAGGACCCACGGCCCGGCUGCCGGCCUUCAGCGAGACGGAGGAACCAGAGAAGAAGAGGAGGAAGACGAGGGGUGACCACUUCAAGCAGCGCUUCAGGAAGAACUUCACCACGCUGCUGGAGGAGGAGAACCUGUCGGACAGGGCGGAGCCUAACUACCUGUCUGCGGAGGCCCCCCCUUCCUCGCUGCCCCCCCGGCACUUCUGCUGUGUGUGCGGCUUCCCCUCUCACUACACCUGCACCACCUGCGGGGGACGCUACUGCAGCAGCAAGUGUCUGUGCACACACAGGGAGACCAGGUGUCUGAAGUGGACGCUCUGAUUGGUCGCUCUGAUUGGACGCUCUGAUUGGACACUCUGAUUGGUCGCUCUGAUUGGACACUCUGAUUGGACGCUCUGAUUGGACGCUCUGAUUGGACACUCUGAUUGGACACUCUGAUUCCUCGCUCUGAUUGGUCGCUCUGAUUGGUCGCUCUGAUUGGGCACUCUGAUUCCUCGCUCUGAUUGGUCGCUCUGAUUGGGCACUCUGAUUGGUCGCUCUGAUUGGGCACUCUGAUUGGCCGCUCCCUCUGAUUGGGCACUCUGAUUGGCCGCUCUGAUUGGGCACUCUGAUUGGCCGCUCUGAUUGGGCACUCUGAUUGGCCGCUCUGAUUGGGCACUCUGAUUGGCCGCUCUGAUUGGCUGCUCUGAUUGGAUUUUAUUUAAUUGUUGUGUCUUUAAUAACAGACUUACCUUCUCGCUGUAGUCAGCUGUGCAGUUCCAUAUGGAUUUAGAGCUGUUAGCUUAGCAUUAGGACUGUCCACAGCUAGCUUAGCAUAGCGAGUAGAAACGGAGACUGCUAGCUUAGCUUCUGUUCUGUUUCUUCAAUAAUAAAUGGAUACUGAGAGGCUGGGAGGAGGGUGCUCAUGAGCGUCUUUAACGAGUGUUUGCUGUGUUCUAAUUAUUUUGUCCAACCCCCCCUUAUUAUUGUGUAAAUAAAAAAGCCUGUGUUUUAAAACGGUGA